UCUCCCAAAAUAAAGGUGAGAUUUAUUUUUUUCUUUUACAGUAUAAAGCAUCGGGUACAGUCAUGUAGCUCACAAGCUCGAAGUGCUUGUAGAAAAGUGCACGUCAACAUUUUAGGGAACAGCUUUUGACCUUUAACAUUAUUGACAGUUUCCAAUUCCGGAUUAGUAUUCACAAAUAUGUUUGGAUCGUUUUAGGGCAACACUGCUACUUUGAUCAUUUAGUGUUGUUAUUCGUGCUCAGCGACACUCGAACAGCAAGUCGCUUGGAGACUUCACUCGAAUUUGAUGCCCUGGGCCAGAGGAAGGUCCUUGCUGUAAUUUAUUGUGCACGUUGAACGCCUCAUGUACUGCUUCCAGGAGUCACUGCCCGACUCUCUUCCACCCCCCGUGUGUUUCUCCCCACCGAAGGCUCCUCCGAUCUCGGCGCCACUUGUGGGGAUGUUGACAUUCACGAUGCCGCAAUCGGAGCCUUUGGGGCCCAGCCAGCGGAAAACUCUUCCCAGGUCUUUGGUGAAGAUGCUGCUGGACAGGCCCUGCUGGACUUCGUUGUUCCAGGCGAAGGCCUCCUCCUCCGUCUUGAACUUCAGGACGUAGAGAAUGGGGACAAAGGUCUCGGUGUGGACGAUGGGCGCGUCGUGGGCCAGGCCCGUUAUGAUGGUGGGUUCCACGUAGUUCCCGGGGCGGUCCAUCACCUUCCCGCCACAGACGAGCGUGCCCCCCUGCUGCUUGGCCUGCUCGAUGGCAGCCAGGUACUGCUCCACGGCUUGUUUGGUGUGCAGGGGUCCGUAGAGGGUGCUGGGGUCCCAGGGGUCCCCGAUGCGGACCUGCUUGUAGGCCUUGGCGAUCCUCUCCACCACCGCGUCGUGCACGCUCUCGUGCAGCAUCAGCCUCCUGGUGGUGGUGCAACGCUGGCCCGCCGUUCCGACGGAGGCGAAGACCGCCGAGGGCACCACGAGGUUCAGGUCCGCGUCCUCAAAGACGAUGAUGGCGUUGUUUCCGCCCAGCUCCAGCAGCUUGCGUCCAAACCUCUCCUGGACCAUCAUGGCCACCGUCUUGCCCACGUGGGUGCUGCCGGUGAAGGACACCAGGUCCACGCGCUCGUCCUUGGCCAUAGCCGUGCCGACAUCGGCGCCGCCGCAGGUCAUGGAGCAGAUGGCGCCGGGCAGGUUGUUCUGCUCGAGCACCUCGGCCACUAUUUUAGUGACCGCCACGCUGGUGAGGGGAGUGGUCGGGGCACCUUUCCACAGGCAGACAUUGCCGCAGGUGAGAGCGAUGGCGUUGUUCCAGCCGUAGACGGCCACGGGGAAGUUAAAGGCGGUGAUGAUGCCGACCAGGCCAACAGGGUUCCACUGUUCGAUGAGGGCGUGGCCGGGCCUUUCAGAGGGAAGGACGGGCCCGCCAAUCAUUCUAGACAGACCGACAGCAUAAUCGCAGACGUCAACAUACUCUUGAACUUCCCCCACUCCCUCCACGUAAAUCUUGCCCAUUUCAAGAGAAACUAGGCUUCCAAGCACUUUGAUCUUCUUCCUUAAGGCAUCUCCAAUCUGCCUUACAAUCUCUCCUCGUUUCGGGGCUGGAAUAUCUGCCCACAGCUUCCAGGCUUCCCUGGCCUUCUGGACAGUUUCUUCAUACUCUGCCAAAGUGGCCUGCGUAACCCUGGCGAUGGGCUCGUUGUUGGCAGGGCAGUAAGAUGUGAUGACCUCGCCGCUGCCCCCCCAACUUCCGUUGUAGACGCCGUGGUUGUCCUCAGACAAGCCAAGCUCUUUCAGCCAAGCGUAUUUGGGUUGGUUGAUGAGUAGACCCGACAUGGCUGCUGACCGCUGGUAGGACACCGAUGUUAUUUUAUUUCUCAAAAGAAGCCUGCUGUGUCGAGCAAGGGUCAGUGUUAGGCAGUGCUGCAUGGAUGGUAGAUAUGAAGACGGCUAGGCCACGUCCACUCAAGAACAGGGAAGGAAUUGCUGUCACUUAACGGAAGUACUACAGCUGCACUCUAAUCUGAUUGGACAAGAGCCUCUACGUACUGUGGCGCCCGCUCUGUUAGGUUGACCCAUGCUAACCGUUUUCUUUUGUUUUUAUUAACCGUUUUGCGGUUGUGCUUCUGCCGUAAUAACUUUUGUUCAGUACGUUUGCAGCCACCAAGCGUUAGAGGAUGAGUGGCGGAGUGUACGGAGGUGAUGAGGUGGGAGCGCUGGUGUUCGACAUUGGCUCAUAUUCUGUAAGAGCCGGUUAUGCAGGAGAAGACUGUCCCAAGGCGGACUUCCCCACAGUCAUAGGUGUGACUCUUGACCGGGAGGAUGGCAGCACACCCAUGGAGACGGAUGGAGACAAGAGCAAGCAGAGUGGCACCACAUACUACAUUGAUACAAAUCAGCUGAGGGUACCCAGAGAGAGCAUGGAGGUCAUGUCUCCACUCAAAAAUGGCAUGAUCGAGGACUGGGACAGUUUCCAGGCCAUUUUGGAUCACACAUACAAAAUGCACUUCAAAUCUGAACCCAGCCUCCAUCCUGUGCUCAUGUCCGAAGCUUCGUGGAACACGCGAGCCAAACGGGAGAAGCUCACCGAGCUGAUGUUCGAGCAUUACAACAUUCCCGCCUUCUUUCUCUGUAAAUCGGCUGUGCUGUCAGCCUUUGCCAAUGGACGGUCCACUGGCCUGGUCCUGGACAGUGGAGCCACACACACCACAGCUAUUCCAGUGCACGAUGGCUACGUCCUGCAACAAGGAAUUGUCAAGUCGCCCCUGGCCGGUGACUUCAUGAGCAUGCAGUGCAGGGAGCUGUUUCAGGAGCUAAGUGUGGAAAUAGUCCCUCCUUACAUGAUUGCAUCAAAGGAUCCUGUGCGGGAGGGAUCUCCAGCCAGCUGGAAGAAAAAGGAGAAACUACCUCAAGUCACCCGCUCCUGGCACAACUACAUGUGCAACGUAAGCUGCUCGCUCUUGGUGACCGUGCCUUGGCUGGGAAUAAAUCCGAUGCGAUCUGAUGAAUCUGAUUUCUGUCUGGUUGCAGCCCAAAUGCCCACCGUCCACUAUGAGCUGCCCAACGGCUACAACUGUGACUUUGGGGCCGAGAGGCUAAAGAUCCCCGAGGGGCUGUUUGACCCCUCUAAUGCCAAGGGCCUUUCUGGAAACACCAUGUUAGGAGUCGGCCACGUGGUGACGACAAGUGUAGGAAUGUGCGACAUUGACAUCCGACCCGGUCUGUAUGGCAGCGUGGUGGUGUCGGGAGGAAACACGCUCAUUCAGGGCUUCACCGACCGCCUGAACAGAGAACUAUCCCAGAAAACCCCUCCGAGUAUGAGGCUGAAGCUGAUUGCCAACAGCACCACUGUGGAGCGCCGGUUCAGUGCCUGGAUAGGAGGCUCCAUCCUGGCUUCGCUUGUAAGGACCCACUUGGAAAUACCUAAAACUCAGAAUGGAACCUUCCAGCAGAUGUGGAUCUCCAAACAGGAGUAUGAGGAGGGUGGAAAGCAGUGUGUGGACAGGAAGUGCCCUUGAUUCCAAACCCUCCUCUGCAUCAUCUUUGCUACAAGCUCAGCAUUGUGAAGCGAUCCCCUCUGACCCAGACUCAGAAGCACCCCGUUCUUAUUUAGUCUGAUUUGUUUUAAAAAGAAGAAACAGUUGGUCCAUAGACGUGUUUGGAACUUGCCGAAGAAUUUAAACAGCCACACUUUUUCAGUCCUCUGCUCAUGUCUUUACAGUCUGCUGCCUUAAUUUUUAAUGGUUGAUGGAAACAUUUGUGUCAUUUAAAAAAGCAAGUUUCUGACGACGCUGGGAAAUUACAGUCUCCAAAACAAACGGACUGUCGAGAACAUUGGGAAAACUGUCUGGUUUAGAAGGAAAGAUGAUUCAGAAGAGCAUAAAUAGUCUUUUGUUCAGAUUCCUUUUCAUGUAGCAGGUUUGCUCGUCUUUGGAACAGGCAAGUUAGUCAUUUGUCAUUAUUAACUUGUCAACUAAAAUGUAUUUAAUUUUCACUUUUACAUGUCAUUGCCUGCAUUUUGUCUUUUGGAAAAUAAAGUUCUUUUUUGUUUAAUUAGUGCUGUUUUCGUAAAAGCCACCCAAUACAGAUAUCUGUCCUUCUGUGUUAGACUUGAAAGCUUCAGCCUCUUGUUUUGGAGGAAAACAACACAUUUCAUCUGGGUUUAAUAUAAUUUAUGUAGGACUUAUUAACAGCUCCAGAAAUUCAACGCAGCGACCAUUAACAGAUCACACGAGCGGAUGGGGACUGCUCAGCACCACAGAACUCAUUUACAAAAAACACAAAGUUGAAUUUCAUUGGGUGGGAACUUUCAUCUGAGGGAACUUCUCCUUCAGUUUGAUCACACUUCGCUUCUUUAAGUUUGUUUUCCUGGCCCGUUCCCGAAGGUACUUCUCCACACGUAACCUCAUGUGUGGUUGGACAAAUAAGGGCGUGUAGAACUUCUUGCGCUUGUAUCUUUUAUUCAUGUACCAGGGGAUGGCAUACUCUUUGAAUCGAUACCUGUAGACGUAUCCGAAUACGUUCCUCCUCCACGCUCCCGGCCGGCCUUUCUCCUGCCCCGUCUGCAGCAGACGCAGAGCCGUCUCUCUCUCUUCCACCACCGUCUCCAGUCUGGUCAUCGACCGCUCAAUCUGACGGGUGGCAGGACUAGGCAUCGGAACCCUUUGCCUUUUGGCCUCCUGCUCCAGCGUGAUCAGCAUGUUCUUCUCCUUCAACAGCACAUACCACAGUUUGUGCAAGUCCUCGUUGCUCUUUGUUCUCAGCUGUCUGGCAGUCCAUGGUGCACCUGACUUCACAGAAGUCUCUCCCCAGUUCUCAGGCGAGUCAAAGAACUCAUCCAGUCCUCUCCUGCUGAUGGUUGUAUGCACAGACCGGUACUGACCCACAAAGUUUAAAGGAGCGAUCCGAGACGGAGUGACUUGUGAAGACUUUUCCCUGAAAACAUUAUGCUGAUGUUUUGUCAGAUUCACAGCACAGUACUCUGUUGUUAACCCUGAAGAUAUCCUGAAGAAAUUCUGAAACUGUUUGCAAAGAGUCAAAGCGCGUCCUGCAGAUGAGGACGCCGCCAUCUUUAACA